AUGGUGCGCAAGGGCCGCGUCAAGGACAACGUCGCGGGCGAGCGCUACGACUCGAACGCUGUGUCUCUGAACCAGCCGACAGCGACAAGUCGCUCGAGACCACAACGCAAUGGGGCCAACAUGGGGGACCUAAUGGGGAUGUUUGGCGGCUCGGGCGGUGGCAUGCCGGAUAUGUCCCAAAUGAUGGAAAUGAUGCAGGGAAUGGGCGGUAUGCCUGGGAUGGGCGGUAUGCCCGGUAUGGGUGGUAUGCCCGGUAUGGGCGGUAUGCCUGGCAUGGGCGGUAUGCCUGGCAUGGGCGGUCUGCCCGGUAUGGGCGGUCUGCCGGGCAUGGGCGGUCUGCCGGGCAUGGUCCCGCCCAUGGACCCGAUGCGCCCCAAGGCCAUUUACGCGUACGGCCUGGCAGAGGGGACUCGCACAACGACGUUCUAUACGUUUUACCCCAACUACUUGGACAGCAAGCGAACGGUGCAGCAGGGCCGACGGAUUUCCAAGUCGCAAGCGUGCGAGACUCCGAUUGCCGAGGAAAUGUCGGAAGUCUGCACGUUUUUGCAGCUACCGCACGUGUUGGAGCCGUCGAAGAAGUACCCGCGCGACUGGCUCGUCGCUGGUCGCAUUCGCGUGCGUCUCGUGCGUGAAGACGGCUCGUUGGAGAACGCCGAGUUUCCCACGCGCAAAGCGCUGAUGCUCAAGAUGGCCGAGUUGAUCCCCAAGCUGCAGUCCCGCAAGGUGCGGUUAGCGAGAGAGGCCGAAGAGGCGACGAUUAAGGCUGCAGCAGCUGCUGCUGCUGUUGGAGCCACUCCGCCCUCUAGUAGUGGAAAGAAGAAGGGGAAGAAGAAAGGCAGGAGGUAG